AUGGCCAGCAAGUCGGCUGCUCCCCACGUCAAAAUACCUACUGCCCUGUCCUCUUCGGGGCUUGUAAGUGUGAUUGGGGUGGUGGUGGAUGUCUUCGAGGGAGCCUUCCAGUCAAGUCGCUCCUGGUGUAUCACAUUCACCCUCAAAGACACUGACUUCGGCAACGGACACGUCUGGGAUGGGCUGAAGAUCAAGUACUUCAAAGCUAAUCAAAGUCAACUCCCGCCUGUCCGAGUGCAUGAUGUUAUCCUAUUACGCAACAUCACUAUAAGAAAAUUUAACGGAAGACCUCUAGGUGUCGCACCUGAUGAGACUACUGUCCCGUGGGCAAUAUUCCGUCCAGAGCCAGGCUUCGUGGACAUUUCUCCCAUCUGUGGUCCGUUUGCUUUCGAGCCGUCAUAUUCGGAGAAGUCGUACGCAUUGUCUUUGAUAGACAAGAGCUCUAACUUCAAAUCCUUCCGCAACGCUUCAAAAGAGAAAACUGCUCCUCCAACUCUACGUUCAGUGAAAUCUGUAGUCUCUGCACCCCAGUCAAAUGCCAAUCGAAGGUUUUCCCUCAUCAAAGAUGUCGAAGAAAGAACAUUCGUGGAUCUCACCGGUGAAGUAGUCAAGAUUUUUACCAAUGAUAGCGAGAAGGUCGCUCUUUAUCUUACUGACUACACCACGAACGAAGGGCUUCACAACUACACCAUUGACGCCAACAAUGCUCGUGAAGGAGAUGAGUAUGCUUACCUACCGCGCUCCAAGAAACAAUGGCAAGGUCCUGCUGGUCGCAUGACUCUCCAAAUAACUCUCUGGGAUCCACAUGCCUCCUUUGCCCGAGAACAUCUCAAGGAGGGCAGCAUUGUUCGAUUGAGAAAUGUCCAUAUUAAGCGAAGUCGCAUAGAAGGGACUCCAUUGGAAGCGGCUAUGCACUGCGAUCGUCAGAACCCCGAUGAAAUGAACAUCCGUUUGAUCGACGCUGAGAACGAUGAGCGCGGCCGAGAGUUGUUACGCCGCAGAAAGAGUUAUUGGGAGAGCGAUCCGCGAAAGCGGAAAGCUGAAGAGAUGGAGGAGACGUCUUCCAGUCGCAGCAAGUCCCAGAAAAGCCAAAACAAGACAGCGAGAGCGAAAAUAGAAGAAGGUCAAACCUCGCUCUCGUUGUCUAAAAAAUACGAAAUCAAUAAGACUAUUCAGGCAUCAAACCCAUCCGUCAGAUGCACGAAUCUUGCGGACAUCUUAGACGGCGAGUUUCACGAAAAUAUCUCGCCUAACCAGAUUGAAUAUCGCGUUCCUUUUCAAAAUGUCUGCUAUCGUGCCACUGUUCGCGUGGUUGACUUUUUCCCUCCAAAACUAGAGGAUUUCGCCGUUCCAGAUGAGUGGGAUCAUAAGCCGCGUCCUGACGCCGAGAUGGAUGAAACACACAACUCCCACCACAGCUCCAACAGUCCAGGUCGUUCGAUUAGAUGGCAAUGGCGGUUCUGCCUUUUGGUUGAAAAUGUACCGCCUCAUCCACACGGGAAGUCCAGAGAGCGAAUGAAGCUAUUUGUUUCUGGAGCUGAUGCUGAGUAUCUGCUCAAGCUUGACGCCGCCGAUUUGCGGAAAAAUCUUUCCAAAUUAGGUCGGCUAAGAGAAACGCUGGUCCACCUUUGGGGUAAUCUCGAGGAACGUAAACAGAAAGCUGCUAGCAAGGAUGGCUCGAAUUCUCAAGCUCUGGGUCCAGUUUCCUCACUCCCGUUUACUUGCUGUAUCAAGGAAUACGGAGUCAGAUGUAGUCAUGAGAAGGCCACAGAUGCUGGUGAGAUGGACGACGGCACUGGCUGUAGUCACGAGACCUGCUUUGGCUGGGAAAGACGAUUCGCCAUGUUCAAUACAACUAUCCAUGCCUAG